AUGGCCACCAACGACAACAACCAGGCGACAGCCGAGCCCAAACUCGAGGUGUGUAACGUUGAGGAGAUACCAGCUGCUGGAGUCUUGGCUCCUGUGCGACCAGACGAGGGGGCCAUCAAUUUGACGCUGCUCUUGUCAUGUCUCGCUUUCGGCGCCUCGUCUUUCUUAUUCGGCUACGAUGAUAGAGUCAUCUCACCUGUUGCCGCAACACCAGCAUUUGUGAGGUUACUUCAAGGCUAUGCCGGUGGUAACAAUGACCUUUCCUUGACAGCACGCAAUCAGGAUCUAGUCUUCUCUGUCCCUCUGGUUGGAUCAGUCAUUGGCGGCCUGGCCACGACGCCCUUGACCAAUCGCUUUGGCCGAAAGUGGACGCUCAUUGGAUCCUACGUGUUUUCAUUGUUGGGAGCCUUCUUGCAAGUAUUCGCGCCAAACUUGGCCGCCUUCGUCAUCGGCCGUUUCUGCAGUGCCUUUGUCAUUGGGAUAGCGCACACCAUCGCACCACUAUAUCUUUGCGAAGUUGUGCCUACAUCAAUGAGAGGCCGCAGUGUACAAAUCUACAAUAUCCUCAACAUCUUCUCAGGCGUGAUUGCCACGAUUGUCGCAAACGCCACCCACGCCAUCGAUGGACCAAAGGCUUAUCAAAUUCCCUUGUCUAUCGAAGCUGGACUUCCUGCGCUGCUGUUCUUCCUGACUCUUGGCAUUCCUGAGAGCCCUCAAUGGCUCGUAUCCAAGGGCCGUAUGGAGGAGGCUAAGAAGAACCUACGACGCCUGCGCGGCUUUUCCGACCUUCAGUUAGAGGAUGAGUUUCGCGUCAUUGUUCUUUGCGAGGAAAAUGAACGCGAGCUGUCAUCCAACGUGCAUUUCUGGGACCUUUUCAAUCGAGAGAACUUUAAGAGAACCAUCACCGCGGGGUCGUUCUAUUCGCUUAAUCAGGUCUCGGGCGUGAUCCUGUCGACGACAUAUACCACCGUCUUCCUCAGCCAGUUGGGCGUGGGCAAUGCGUUUGUCCUUACGAUUAUAGCUUCCCUCUGCAAUCUGGCCGGAGCCAUCGUUGCGCCCAUGGUUCUCGAUCUUUACGGGCGUCGCCCGACAGCAUUGUGGGGGAUGGUGUUUCUCUUCUGCCUCGACGCCGUGGCUGGAGCAUUGGCCUUCUUCCCCGAUAACAGGAACGCCCUCUUGACAAUCGCCGCGUUGGGAUUCAUCUUCAAUUUCUUCUGGGCAUUAUCUUUCCUCUCUGUCUCAGUGCUGCUCCCGCCCGAGAUCUCAACGCCGAAGCUGCGGUCUCACACCAUGGCUUAUACCGUGGCAUGUUGCCAGACCACAGCCGUCAUUACAACUUUCGCCGUGCCUCAGCUUACAUCAGCCGAUGCGGCCAACCUUGGUGCAAAGACCUAUCUUGUCUUUGCUGGCUGUAUGGCCUGCGUGAUUGUCUGGAGUUAUCUGCUGAUGCCUGAGACCAAGGGCCGGACCUAUGCCGAAAUCGAUGAAAUGUACGAUAAGAAGGUUCCUAUGCGGAAGUGGAGUACAUAUGAGACCUCGACUGAAGCAAAACAAGGCAGCCUAAUGGCUGGAAAUACUAUUAGAAAGCGGGUGAAUACUGAAGUAUAA